AUGCGCGAUGUUGUCAAGCUUUGCGCUGAUGUUUUCCUUCCAUUCUCGGCGUCCAAGGACGGCCAAAAGGUCCCAGUGAUUUGCAGUCUGGGGCCCUACGGCAAGGAGCCGCUUGGACCAGAUGCUUGCUUUGAGCUAUGUGAACCGCUCCUGUGGUGUCAAGAGUAUGGCUAUGCUAUUCUCCGUGUCGAUGAGCGUGGUAUUGGUAAUAGCGAAGGGCGGCUUGAUCCUUUUGGUCUGGGAAGAUCAUUCGAUAUCCAGGCUGAUGCUGAAGGCCAAGAUCUCUACGAUGUCGUUGAAUGGGCCGCCGCUCAAAGUUGGUCCAAUGGCAAGGUAGCCUUUUCCGGCAUCAGCUACUAUGGCAUGGUAGGCUACUGGGCUGAUAUGCAGAAACCACCACAUUUGACGUGCGUCAUGUCGUAUGAAUCAGCCUGUAUUCUCUAUCAAGCUGUUCGUCGUGGGGGUAUCUACAGCCACAAUUUUCAAUCUCAUUGGUACAACAACAUCGUUAUACCCCAACAACCAGGAGCGCGAGAUGGGUCACGAACCGAGGAGGAGCUUGAGGCCGACCGGGUGGACUACCCCGGACUCCUGGCAACAAACGAGUAUCCUGAUCGAAACUGUGUUGGCUUCUUGGAAAAGAUUAGAUCGCUCUCCGACAUAGAAGUGCCGAUUUAUCUGGCCGGCAACUGGACUGAUUCGGAGGUACAUCUUCCGGGCAACAUUCGCGCCUUGAAUAGCCUCGCUUCAAAGCAGAAGUGGCUUGAAAUGCAUACUGGAAACCAUCUAGGUGCAUAUUAUGAGCCAGAGCAUAUUGCCAUGCAGAGGAAGUUCUUGGACUAUUUCCUUUUCGACAAGAAGGAUAACGGAAUGCUUGACGUACCUCGGAUCCGGCUUCUUCAGCACCAUGGCACCAAGACCCUGUACCGAGAAGACGAGACUUCCUUCCCGCCCCUCGACGCAGAAGAUGUAUCAUUUUAUCUCACUCCCGACAAGCAACUUUCUCUGAAUCACCCGGCAGCACAAAAGAAAAAAUUGUCUUAUCAGGGCUAUAGAGAAAACAUAACCUUCACGCUUGAUUCUCCAUUUGCCGAUUCUUUCGAAAUACUUGGAUCUCCUUUUUUUGAGCUUGAAGUCAGCACCAGUGCCAAGGAUUUGGAUCUCUUCAUCUAUCUUCGCGCAAUCGAUGAGAAUGGAAAAACGGUUGUAUUGGGUGGUAACCAUGGUGAGCCUAUGGAUAAUUUCGCCAGAGGCUAUUUUCGCCUAUCACACCGAGAUGAGGUUGCCAAAGACUUUGGUAAGGGUCGCGUAAUUAUUCAGCCUCCCACGCCCAAGUCUGAGGUCGUUCCAGGUGAGGUAUACAAGGUUAUGGUGCCUAUCUACCCGGCAGCCUAUCUGUUUGACAAAGGCCAAACGCUUUCACUUGAGAUAGGCUCGGAUAACACACCAAGCACGAUUCCGCCAAUGCGACACGAAGGAGGUGAUAGGGUUACGGAAAGAUUUGCCGGAGAAAAUGUUAUAUUCUCUCACGGACGUCUUGUGCUGCCUCGUGUGAGGCGCUGA